AUGACCAAACUCGAUCCUAAACACGGCGUCGACAACCCUUUCUACUACGCCGCCGCAACACUAAAGUUCGCUUCAUCCGGCUCACCUAUUCUCAACGACCUCGACGUCGUCUCAGUAGGAAACAUGAUCGCAGCCGUAUUCUUCUGCAAAGUCAUAGCCUUCGAUAUCGAAUACGACUCUCCCCAGGGCCAAGUCCGCCAACUCAGGUCAACAGUUGGCUCAACCAGCAUCGCUAACGUGCUCAGCUCCGCACUGACUUUUGGCUGGGGACAAUCGAAGAUGAAAGCCGACAUGGACGUGGCUGCGAUACUCGUCAGUACUGCACAGGAAUACGCCGACGUAUUUGCAGAAACGCUCAGUCACACUUUACUAUCGAGUGCUGCAGGCUUGCUCAGCUUGAAUUUCGCAGUGAUCCUAACAGGCAUCGUUCUGACUCUCCUUGCUGCAUGUACCACGGCACAAGCACGGAAGGAGCAGAGGUAUCUCACCGUCGAUGGAGUCAUCGAUCUACUCGAAAUGGGUGACAACAUGAUAGCUGGCAAUAACCAAGUCGAUGGCACGAGUGACGAGAACCUGGAACUUACUCAAUAG